AUGGAUAUUGCGAUCACUUCGACCCCCACCAGAACCUCUUCUUCACCUUCGCGGGACUACAAUCCCCGGAAGCGCGGCAGAACGGCAUGCACGCGCUGUAAGACUAGAAAGCAGAAAUGUGACAAUGACUACCCCGUGUGCUCCAACUGCCAAAAGGCCGGGGCGAUAUGUGACAAAGCCACCGUACGACAGGAGAAUGGCACUCAAAACGAAUAUACCCGUGCGUUGCAGGAUCGCAUCGCCUACCUUGAGUCCCAGUUAGAGUCGAAACCCAUGAGUAGCCGGGCCAGCAGCCAUGUCGCCCAUCCAGUUGCUGCACUCCUGUCUCCUCCACAUCCGGAGACUCCCAGUAACCCGACCCCUGGUCUGGAUCAAAAUGCCGUCGGAGAAUUGGUGGGAUUUCUGGCACUUAACUCCUCGGAAGCGCCUGCAUACGUAGGUUCCAGUUCGGGCCUCUCCUUAGCUACAAAUCUUGGGGAGAUGGUCCAAGCCACAAUAUGGAACCAGGCUCUAUCUUCAGCUCGAGCAGCGUCAUCAAGUAGAUUUGGACCUGCAGCGGGACAAGGAUCUACGGGUCUUCCCCCUCAGCCUCCAGGCGAGAGGGCUGGUCAAGUCCAUGAUCGAACUCGACCGCCACGAGUGGAGGAGGUGUUGGUGAAAAGCAGCGAGCCUCCUAGCGAUGAAAUGGGAUCCAGGAUUCUUCAUGCAUAUCUCACCCGGAUCCAUGUUCGCUAUCCGUUUCUCGACCGCACGGAGUUGUGGCGACUGCAUGAGGCGCGCUGGCGGCUGGCGCAGAAGAAACGAGAAGAGCUGACCAAGGAGGAACGGGUAGGCAUAUUCAAGCUGUAUCUUGUAUAUGCCAUCGGAGCCACAUCGAUUCAGUUAAGUGAAAGUUACUCGUAUACCACUCCUGAGCGAUUUUACAUGACCGCUUUGCAACAACUACCAAAUAUGUGCGAAAUGCGAUCUAUAGAAAAUAUUGAGGCUAUGGCCCUGCUGAUUGUGUAUCAUCUUCGCUCCGCGUCUGGUCAAGGCAUGUGGUACAUGGUAGGCCUGGCCAUGCGUACCGCUAUAGACCUUGGACUGCAUCGCAAAGCAAACGAGAUUAACAUGGAUCCCUUCACUGCGCAAAUGCGACGGCGUCUUUUCUGGACUAUAUACUAUCUCGAACGUGUCGUGUCUAUGUCCCUGGGCCGACCAUUCAGCAUCGCAGACAGACAUAUCGAUCUUCCUUUGCCUGCAGACAUUGACGACGAUGUCCGCGAUCCGGCCUUGCUAGCCGCCCCUCCAGCUCCGACCAGAAUCACCACCCUGACAUUUGCCAUAUUCCUCAUGCGCCUGCGGCGCAUUGACUCCGAAAUUCAGCACAAGAUCUACCGAGCUGACCGACCACUGCACACUUUACGCUCGAAGAUGGACCGACUCUUUCUCCAGCUCGAAGAAUGGAAAGAGUCAGCUCUGCGACGUUUCACCGGAUCCGACCUAGACUAUCCAAUGCUGCAUUACCACCGAGCCCUACGACUUCUCAUCCAGCCAUUCCUACCCUCACUCCCUCUUUCUGACCCCUACUAUCACAUCUGUCUCCGCGCAGCCGGAAACACCUGCCAAACCCACAAGAAGCUACACCAAACCCUCGAAUACGGGCACUCCUUCCUAGCCGUCCAGACCAUCUUCAUGGCUGGCAUCACCCUGCUAUACGCCCUAUGGACCCACACAAGCGACGUCUGGUCCGUCCAGAUGAGCAACGACAUCCGCGCCUGCUCGACCGUUCUGUUCGUGAUGGGUGAGCGCGCCGAAUGGGUCAAGAAAUACCGCGACGCAUUCGAGUUACUCGUCAACGCCGCAAUGGAGAAGCUAGAAGGAAGUGAUGCAUCCAAAAAGGUGGGUAUGGCGGAACUGAUGACAGCCCAACACAGUAGCAGCGGUGGCAUCAAUGCAGGAAUGUUCAGGGACCAUCACAACCUCACCACCACAUGCAGCAAUAGCAACAACCCCACCAGCGGCAUGGCACCAGAUAUGAACAACGCAACGGCAGCCAACACCGCCGCCCAGGCUUCUUCUGAACCCACUAGCAGCCAGGACCAUGGCGUGCGCAUGGCACUGCAGAUCGCGCCCUGGAUCGAUCUGGAAGAAGACAGUCCAUUCUGGAUGCCCGAUUUCGAGACGCUGGAGAGUCUGUCGGGGAAUUUAUGGGAUAGUGGCGAUUUGGCCCCGUUUGGGCCUCUCUAG